UGAUUUUGUUUAUAAUUUACAGUAAUUUUUGGAAUAUGAAAUUAUACUUAUUUUAAUAAAUUAGAACUGUAGAAAAAAAGGGAGUAUGGGGAAGAAAUAAUAGAUGGCUACUUUGAUAAAUGUUUAAAGUUUACAUGGACUAAUUGGUGAGUUUCAAUUAUAUGUAAUAUGUGUGUAUACAUGCUAUAUACACUGUGUUCGACUGUACUUUUUUUUUUCCACUUAAAUGUUUUAUCUUAGAGUUUGUUCCAUGUCAGUACAUAUAAAUCUGUCUCAUUCGUUUUAAGAGCUGAGUUGUGUUCCAUUAUAUGGAUAUACUAUAUAUUCUAUUCUCUGUGGAUGGGCAUUUGGUUUGUUUGCAGUCUAAACAAAGGUGUAUAGUUAACUGUUUUCUUACUACACUGCUGUGCACAUGUAUGAUUACAGUCAGAUCACUUUUAAAUCGAAAAGGAAAUUACUAAAUCCUAUUUUUGGGGGAGGGGACAGGUGAGCAGUUUGAUGUUGCAAAAGCUCUAUAUGUGAUUAAGUUGGUUUUUAAGAAUCUUUGAGUUAUAAAUUACCAAUUUCUAAGUUAUAGUCUGAAACAUAAAACAGUGUAGCGUUUAAAAUAUUUUGGUAUUUCAAACUAGUUACUACAAGUCACAGGAAAAUUACUGAUUAGCUGUAUUCUUUACUAAAUGCUGUCACAGCUAUUAAAACUGACAGUUUUGAUUUAAACCUGUCAUUUGUGGUAUGAAGAAAUGGAAGUGCAAACACUUCCGCAUUGUCUUAGACCAAAGUCAACUUUGUAUUGUUUGUUUUUCACCACAGUCUAUAAAGACUCAAUAAAUCUAGCAGGAUGUGUAAAUAUACAUAUAUUUUGGGUGUUUUUAGUAAUAAAUGAAAUACAUUAUAUAAGACUGGAGAAAAUUGUUUUACUUAAAAUUAUAAUUUUAAUUAUUUUGUAGUGUUAUCUAGAAUAAUGUAGCUGUCAAAUACUUACAGAUUAUAUAGCCCUAUUCGGUUUCUCCUGUGGGGUUUACAUUUUUGACUGCCUCUUUGUACCCAUGUUGUAAUGGGUUUAGGGUCAUAGGGAGGAUGUAAAAGUCAUGUACCUUAUGAUAGGUAUUUUUGUCCUCAAGUGACCUCAUUAUUGGUUUUUAUAUCUAGUUCUCAAAGUCUUUUAUGUGAGUUAAUCAUAUUUAACUUUGCAGAAAAUAAAUUUAUAAACAAGAUUUAACUUUCUUAAGCUCAUAAGUAACUUGUGUUUCAUUUUGCACAGUGCCUUGGUAACUAGCCAAGGAUUUUAUGCCUCCUAGUAGUUCUCAUCAGAUCAGGAACUGGAAGAAUGAGGCCUACUUUUGACCAAACAUAGGUCAAAAAGAAUUGGUUUCAGCCGGUUGAUGGGAAAUUUUAGGGGGGGAGGCAGCAGCGGAAUCUCUGCAAUCAAUGUGGAGCUUCAGAAAUUUUUCAGAGAAACUGGUAGUCUGGGUAGAUUCAAGGCGUCUUUAAGAGAAAAUGUCUUGGGGAGCCCCAAGGAACUGAUGAAGUUAAGUGUGCCAUCAUUAGUGUAUGCUGUUCAGAACAAUAUGGCUUUCCUAGCUCUUAGCAAUCUGGAUGCAGCAGUAUACCAGGUGACCUAUCAGUUGAAGAUUCCCUGCACUGCUUUAUGUACUGUUUUAAUGUUAAACAGGACACUCAGCAAGUUACAGUGGAUUUCAGUUUUUAUGCUAUGUGGUGGAGUCAUACUUGUACAGUGGAAACCAGCUCAAGCUACAAAAGUUGUGGUGGAACAGAACCCAUUGUUAGGGUUUGGCGCUAUAGCUAUUGCUGUAUUGUGCUCAGGAUUUGCAGGAGUGUACUUUGAAAAAGUUUUAAAGAGUUCAGACACUUCCCUCUGGGUGAGAAACAUUCAAAUGUAUCUAUCAGGGAUUGUUGUGACAUUAGUUGGCGUCUACUUGUCAGAUGGAGCUGAAAUUAAAGAAAAAGGAUUUUUCUAUGGUUACACAUAUUAUGUCUGGUUUGUCAUCUUUCUUGCAAGUGUUGGAGGCCUCUACACUUCUGUUGUGGUCAAGUACACAGACAACAUCAUGAAGGGCUUUUCUGCAGCAGCAGCCAUUGUCCUUUCUACCAUCGCUUCAGUGAUGCUAUUUGGGUUGCAGAUAACACCCACCUUUGCUCUGGGUACUCUUCUUGUAUGUGUUUCUAUAUAUCUCUAUGGAUUACCCAGACAAGACACUACAUCCAUCCAACAGGGAGAAACAACUUCAAAAGAGAGAGUUAGUGGUGUGUGAUUUCAGCCUCAAAAGACUCUUACCAAGACAAAAACUGUUUGCAUUAAACUAGAGCCUUAAGUCAAUCCGAGAAGGUAGCUUAAACAAAAACAUGUUAACUGUGUCAUAAGAAUUAAGAAGAAAGCUAUCUGAAUGAACUGCUACAAAGAUUUAAUGUGACCUGUUUUGGGUCAACCUGUUUUGUUUCAGAAUGAAAGACUUUUAUUGUAUAUAUAAUGUACAUAACAAAGUAUGGAGAGGGUAUGAUAUUACAAAAAAUCAUGUGAGGAUACAAUAUUCAAGUAACAAGGUUUGGGACAAGGUUAAGGGUUAAAGUGCCAAAGCCAUUUCUGUAUGAACUGUUUUCUUGUUCAGGAACCAGGGGAGAAGGAUGACCCCUCCUUGUUCUCCAAUUCAUGUACAGUAUUUCAUCCCAGCAGCAGUAAGACCCAGCUAGCUCUUUUCUUACAAAAGAGAGGCAUAACCAAGCCAGGCUAGUUCAGAAACAAACUGAAUGUUUAACUUCUCAAACUGAAUCUAUUUCAUAAUGCAGGCAAUGACUUCUGGGUGGUGACAGAGUACUCCUGUUAAGUGCUGUAUUUGUGCCAUUCAUUGUCUGGAUUCGUAUUUCUUUGCUGUUAGAUGAUCUACUUUUCUUCAAAAAAUAUUUCUAAUGUCACUUUUGUACUUUUUUUUAUAAAGUAUGUUUAAAAUAUUGGGCUGUCAAUAAUCUGUGAAAUUUUAGUGUUUUUAAAAAUUUUUCUAUAAUGUUAAUGGGGAAAUUCAGCAAUAAACUUAAUUUAUUUAUAUGCAA